UGCACGCAGGCUGGCAACGACCGCAUUUGCCGCGAAGCUUUACUGAUACCCCUUUACUUCUCUCCUUCACUACAUCUGCCCGCCAUGCGCUUGAGUCUUCUGCUCCUCUGUCCCUCGCUCGCCAUUGCCGCCCCGCACGAUGCCACGCUUCACGACCACGACCUCGACUCUGCCAAUACACGCCCAUGGCGCGCGCUUUCAGAUAUCAUAACCGACAAGAUAUGGAGCUCUCCCGAGAAACAAGCCGCCCUGGAGACCCACGUUGAUUCUCCGCGAGUUUUACGCACCCCGGACAGCAGAUUACUUGCCCUUUACGGCGGCGACACAGUCCUCCGCUUCACCAUUCGCAAUGCAGACGAGGCCGCUGCCCUAGCCGAAGCAACUGGGGUUCUGUCUCUCGAUGUGUGGGAAUUUAAUGCCGAAUGGGUCGAUAUCCGACUCGCAAUUGAUGCUGUAUCCUCUUUGCUGCAUCUUCUACCACUUUCCCUCCAGGACGCGCAUGUACCGCUCCUGCAAGAUUCCAGUCUAGCACAAGCCGUCCUUGAUUCAUACCCUCUGCCACUUGACACCCCGCUUCACCAUGAUCUUCACUCCUACUCGCAUACACCCAAAACCGCACCCCACGAGUCGCCUUCACAGUCAAAAGGCGGACAUCCUUUUUUCAAGGACUACCAGCCCCUCUCGGUUAUUCAUCCGUGGAUGAGUCUUAUGUCGUCCAUGUUCACCACGCAUGUCCGCCGCAUCAACAUUGGUAUGAGCUUCGAAGGCCGUGAUAUCCCGGCAUUACGUGUUGGAGUACAUCCCACCAACAAGGAAAAGGCUGAGACUCCACGGAAAACGAUACUUGUCGUAGGCGGGUCACAUGCGCGAGAGUGGAUUUCCACCAGCACAGUCAACUACCUCGCGUGGAGCUUGAUCCACUCAUACGGGAGGGACCGAGAGACAACAAGACUCCUAGAGCAGUUUGACUUUGUUUUCGUACCGACUCUGAAUCCAGAUGGAUACGUCUAUUCGUGGGAAACAGAUAGAUUAUGGAGGAAGAACCGCCAACCAACGAGCCUUCCGUUUUGCCAUGGUAUAGAUCUCGACCGCACGUUUUCAUUUCAAUGGAAUGGCGAAUCCCACCCGUCAGGCCCUUGUAGCGAGAGCUUUGCUGGCGAAGCUCCGUUUGAAGGUGUAGAGGCACAACGAUUUGCCGAGUGGGCUACAAAUGAGACACAAAACAACAAUGUUGAAUUUGUGAGCUUCAUUGACCUUCACAGCUACUCCCAGCAAGUUCUAUAUCCAUACUCGUAUACCUGCAGGGACGACCCCCCUGCUCUCGAAGAUCUGGAAGAACUGGCCAUAGGGUUGGCCAAAGCUAUCCGCAUUUCUCGGAAGGGCCGCCAAUACCAAGUGACAUCGGCAUGCGAAGGAAACGUCUUCAUGUCGAAGAAUCACAAAGAUCGGGUUGUACUGCCGCGUAUCGAAUCAAGUGGCGGAAGCAUGUUGGAUUAUUUUUAUCAUGAGCUCAAGAUCAAGUACUCCUUCCAGAUCAAGCUGCGGGACACAGGCAGCUAUGGUUUUCUGCUGCCUAAAGAAAACAUCAUCCCCACAGGCGAGGAGAUUGUAAGCGCGCUCCAUUAUCUCAGCCAUUUUAUGCUAGGAGAAAUUGGCAUCAUGAGUGGCGCACCAAACGCAGAACCUGGGGAACCAUUAUCGAAACCUGCUUUCGGUGAGAUGGAAGAAAGUCUGGAGCUGUGAGGGGUCAGGUAUCGUUUUCUCUUUCCAUUUCACUGUAUUGAUACCAUUCUACAAUGUUUAAUUCGUUCGUCUAUGUUGUUCUUCAAGCAUUGUCGUCUACUACCGUGAGUUUCCGAUUCCAACCGCGUUCUGCAGUGUUCGUUGCACGUGUCGUUUGACCAGCGUGACGAUUCACAUGUCAGAGAGAUAACAUGGGUGGAGACAUGUACCUCCCACAAGAUUGUUUAUGUAUGUGCUGCCUGUGUUAUGUACUUGGUGCCGAAGUCGGGGGUUUUCGGAACAGCCCUCGAACCUCGCUAAUGACUAUCUGAUGCCCCCGUUUUCGGCAAAGUUGCGCCAACGUCAUUCUUCACAAGCCAGACUUGCAUCAUUCCUCGUCACA